UCCCGUGUGUCACUUCCUGUGUGUCACUGCGUCUGUGGUCCGGGCUGCAGAGAUGCUGAAUGAAGAAAGACAAGUAACGGCUGGAGUUUGAGACAAAAGGAGGGGGCUGUAUAAUAAUAUCUAGUUAGUAAACAUUCUCCAAACAAAGAAGAUUAAAGGGAUCUACAAGAUGAAGCUUCUGAAGCCGAGCUGGGUCAGCCACAACGGAAAACCAAUAUUUUCCGUCGACAUACAUCCGGAUGGAACAAAGUUUGCGACCGGUGGACAAGGAGAGGAUUCUGGAAAGGUGAUGAUCUGGAACAUGGCCCCCGUCCUGAGAGAGGACGAUGAGAAGAAAGAACACAUCCCAAAGAUGCUUUGCCAAAUGGACAAUCACCUGGCAUGUGUGAACUGCGUGCGCUGGUCUAACAACGGCCUGUACCUGGCAUCUGGGGGAGAUGACAAGCUGGUCAUGGUGUGGAAGCGAGCAGCGUUAAUCGGUCCCAGCACGGUGUUCGGGUCCAGCAAUAAGUUGGCCAACGUGGAGCAAUGGAGGUGUGUCACGAUCCUAAGGAACCAUACUGGAGAUGUGAUGGAUGUGGCCUGGUCUCCUCAUGAUGUGUGGCUGGCGUCCUGCAGCGUGGACAACACCAUUGUCAUCUGGAACGCACGCAAGUUCCCAGAGAUGGUGAGCUGCCUGCGGGGCCACACUGGGCUGGUGAAGGGCCUGACCUGGGACCCGGUGGGGAAGUACAUUGCGUCGCAGGCGGACGACCACAGCCUGAAGGUCUGGCGGACGGUGGACUGGCAGAUGGAGACGGACAUCACCAAACCCUUCAGCGAGUGCGGGGGGACCACCCAUGUCCUGCGUCUGUCCUGGUCUCCAGACGGUCAGUACCUGGUCUCGGCCCACGCCAUGAACAACUCUGGACCCACAGCGCAGAUCGUGGAGCGUGACGGCUGGAGGACCAACAUGGACUUUGUGGGCCACAGGAAGGCUGUCACCGUAGUGAAGUUCAAUCCCAAGAUCUUUAAGAAGAAGCAGAAGAGCAGCAGCUGUCCGUACUGCUGCUGUGCCGUGGGCAGCAAAGACCGGUCCCUCUCCGUCUGGCUGACGUCUCUCAAGCGUCCUUUAGUGGUGAUCCAUGACCUCUUCGAUAAAUCCAUCAUGGAUAUCUCCUGGACUCUUACAGGGCUGGGGAUCCUGGUGUGUUCUAUGGAUGGUACCGUGGCCUAUCUGGACUUCUCUCAGGAUGAGCUGGGUGACCCCCUCAACGAGGACGAGAAGAACACCAUCCACCAGAACAUCUAUGGUAAGAGCCUGGCCAUCACCAGCACGGAGCAGCUCUCCAACACCGUCAUUGAGAACCCAGAGAUGUUGAAGUACCAGCAGGAACGCAGCGCCGCUGCCGCCACUGCCCAGAGCUCCGCCCACGUGGCCGCCGAGCAGGCCACGCCCAAGCUCACCAGUGUGGUCAACGGCGAGUCCCUGGAGGACAUCAGGAAGAACCUUCUGAAGAAGCAAGUGGAGACGAGGACUGCCGACGGGAGGCGACGCAUCACACCCCUCUGUAUAGCGCAGCUGGACACAGGGGACUUCUCGCCCGCCCUCUUCAACAGUGUUCCCAUCAUGCCCGGGGCCGCUGUCCCCAACCAGUUGACCCCCCAGCUGAGCUCUGACUCCAGCCAGGGACAGGCUACCUCCCUGGGGUUGAGGCCACCUCACGACCCCCUGCUUGCAUCCUGUGCCCCCUGCGGCUCCGCCAAGCCCCUGGAGGAGAUCAAGGAAGGAUAUAAGGCAAGUCUCCUGCUUGGCUCUGCCUCUAAGAUAGAACCCAUGAAAGCUCUCGACUCGAGGUUCACCGAGAGGUCAAAGGCCACACCAGGGGUCACCUCCGCCAUCACCUCCAUAACGGGCAUGACACCGCUAGAUGGCAGGUUGAAGGACAGUGUCUCCACCCUGAAGUCUAAAGACGAGUCGAGCAGCGACAGUGAGGACAAGACGGCCAACAUCAACAAGAACCUGUCCUUCACCAAGCGCAAGGCGGAGCUGAUGAUGGAAGGGGGCGAGGUGGUGGAGAAGAGGAAGAAAGGGCGGCCCCGGAAAGACAAGAUGGCUGUCUCUAUGGCACCGCCCUUCCCCCAGGCCACUCCCCCCUCCGACAGAGACACAGGCAGGGUCACCAUGUCUCCUGCUGCCGUUUUAAAACUCCCAACCCCCAGCCUACAGAAGAGCUUCAGCCUCCAGGUGAGUACGGAGCCCUCUGUCUUCCUGGAGGUGGAGAACGAGGUCUCACAGGUUGCUGGUUCGAAGCUCAGCCAGAUCAGAUGUUCCAGAGAUGGGAGAGACUGGGACACACUGCUGCCUUGCUCAAUCCUCACUGCCACUGGCAGCAGUGAUGUCAUCGCUGUGGCGUGCGAGGACAGGAUGUUGUCUGUUUUCUCUUCAUGUGGGCGCCGCCUACUUCCUGCCAUGCAGCUAGCCACGGCCCCCUCUGCCCUGCACUGCUCCGGGCAUUAUGUCAUGGUGCUGACAUCAGGGGGAGCGGUUUUCGUCUGGGACGUCCAGAAGCAGACGGCAACGGUGAAGAACCAAUCGCUGCAGACCAUCAUCCCAGUUGGUGACAUCACCGUCUCCCAGACUCUGCUGACCCAGCAGGGGGUGCCGGUGGUGGCUCUGACCAAUGGGAAGUCCUACUGCUUCAGCUCGGCCCUAGACACAUGGGCUCUGAUAGCAGAUAAAGCCGACUCAUUGGUUCAGUGUGCAGACUUCAGGAGCUGCCUGACUACCCAUGACGCACCUGUUCCUUCUGGACCACUGGCGGUCAUGCAGGGUCGUAACCUCAAUGGGGGUCGUCUGGUCUCCCGUCUCUCCACCGCUCCCCACCAGCUCCAGCAGUCCCUCACCACCUCCUUCCUGGAGUGCCAGCUGGCCUCCGCCCGUGUUCUGCUAUCCCCCCAGGAGUAUCGCUACUGGCUGCUCAUCUAUGCCCGCUUCCUUGUCACAGAGGGUUCUGAGUACCGUCUCCGAGAGCUGUGUAAGGAGCUGCUGGGACCUGUCCACAAAUCAGCUGCUUCCUCCUGGGAGCCCACCACUCUGGGACUCCACAAGCGGGAUCUACUGCGGGAGGUGUUGCCGGUCAUCGGCCAGAACCUCCGCUUCCAGAGAAUCUUCACAGAGUACCAGGACCAGCUGGAGCUGGUCCGAAGCAAAUGACACGCACAAACACGUGCAGACACACGCCCACACACCAAGGACUAUGUGUGGACUGACUCGAUCAAUGAGACACGGCCGGAGUGAAGCAUUUUUUCAAUUCAAACUUUUAUGAGUUCCUGGUUUCCCGAGGAGGAUGGUGGGAGGAUGAGGAGGAGACCCGACGAUGAGGACUAAAGGAGCACUUUGUUUAGCUAUCUCUAUGUGCCACCUGGAGAGAUUCAAAGUGCACUUAAAGCUGUUGUUGAGUUCUUCUUAAAUUCACUGUAUGCCAUAUCAUCGUCACGCUGAAGAACACGUCUGUCUACUGCUUGGCCACGCCUCUGCGUAUGACAUCUCCCCAGAAUCAUUCUGGGAGUAGUAGACCAAGAAAUAAGGAUUCCCUCCUCUAGUCCCGACCAGCUGGCUCUGAUGAUGUUUCCUCCUCCACCUUGCAGGUGUAGUCUGGCUUCGCCUGGACUCUGACCUUUAACCUCUGAGCUCCGACCCUAUGGAGCGGUUGUCAGUGUUCAUAUUACUGUUUCUUAGGAUAACACAAAGAUGUUAACUGAUCAGGGCAAUAUAUUGAUAAAAGAAAAUCCUCAGAUUUCCUUUUUGCACAAUGCACAUACAGGCACUAAAGUACAGCUGCCUAUGGUACUGUUUGGUGAAGAGAUGGAACACAAUGUCAGAGACAGACGGACGGAGGGUCAGACUGCUACACAGCCAAGGUUUGGGCUGAGGUGGACGGCCUUUGUUCUUUCUUACUAAUUUCUUAGUGUUAAAAUAAGGGGGGGAAUUAAAAAAUAAAUGUUGCUGAAAUUG